CGCACUCUGUCUGCGACACCGAGGGGCCGCUGGGUCUGUGGGCGGAGCAUCCUUGAGGUCAUCUGCACAUUCUGAGUGGGAAAAGAUGGUCAACGUCUUGAAAGGAGUGCUUAUAGAAUGUGAUCCUGCCAUGAAGCAGUUUCUGCUGUAUUUGGAUGAGUCCAAUGCCCUGGGGAAGAAGUUCAUCAUUCAAGACAUUGAUGAAACUCAUGUCUUUGUAAUAGCAGAGUUGGUUAAUGUCCUCCAGGAGCGAGUGGGUGAAUUAAUGGACCAAAAUGCUUUUUCUCUUACCCAGAAGUGAAAAUACUAGAUAUUGACCACUUGGGAAUUACAAGCAGCAAAUGUGAAAGACUUACUUGCUUAGGAGCCUGCUGUGGGAAAGACCGAGGGAUCAUUUGCCCAGAAAAAAACACCCUGAACUGAUUUUUUUGUACCCUAGAAUUAAAAAAAAAAAACCCAAAAAAUCUUUAACAGUUGGCUGUAAUUUGACUUAUUAUCCUUUAUUAAAAUAUAAAUGU